GUCGCGACUCGGAGCCGCGGAUUCCUCCCGAGGAUUCGCGACGCUCGCGAGAAAGUGCCCUCGUGAUGCAGACCGGGGCUCGGGGCGUUUGGCGCCUGCCGGAGGAGAGGAGGGGGAGAGGAGAGAAAAAGAAUCCCGGGCGAUAGAGACGUGUGUCGUGUCUUGUUUUUUUCUAACGCCACAUACAGCACCACCCCUCCCGUCAGCAGCCCUCCCAUCCCCGUGCCAGCGUGGCCCCCGUCCACCUCUGAUGUUUCCCGAAAUACGACCGAGCCGAUAUAGCCGCCGCUGCCGCCGCCGCAGCAGCCACCGGCGUCACCGCAAGCCAGCAGCCUCCACGGACUCCCCUCGCAGGAGGCUUCGUCGGAGGGCGGACGGAAGAGGAGCGGCGACCGAGAGAGAUCCUGAGAGUCGUGGAUCCAAGCGUCGGGCGCCGAUCAUGGGGGAACAGCCGGUGUUCACCACCAGGGCCCACGUGUUCCAGAUAGACCCGGCCACCAAGAAGGCCUGGAUGCCGGUGAGCAAGCAGGCCAUCGUGGUGGCCUACUACCACCACGCGGCCAGGAACAGCUUCAGGAUCGUCGCCGUGGAAGGGCCGAGGGUGGUGGUGAACAGCGCCGUGGCGCCCGGCAUGAGCUUCACCAAGACGUCGCACAAGUUCGGCCAGUGGGUGGACGGGCGAGCCAACACCGUCUAUGGCCUGGGCUUCGGCUCCGAGCAGCUCCUGGAGCAGUUUGCGGACAAAUUCGAGGAAGUGAAGGCAGCGAUGCUGAGGACAAAAUACAAACCCCACAGCAGCCCCGACAUCGCCAUCGCGGCCGCCCAGGGCCUGCGACGCGGCCAGUCCAGGCGAUCGGCGCGACCUCCCGCACCCGACGAGACGUUUGGAGCCCUCCCUGGCCAGGUGGCGCUGCCCGAGAACGAGUCGACGGGCAGGAGACCGCCCCCGCACAGCAGCUUGGUGAACGGCCAGGAGUUGGAGGCGGAGCUGGCCGCCCUGCGGGGAGUGAACGCCGAGCUCAAGGCCUCGCUGGAGACCGCCGACAGUGCCACGGAGGCGAGCAUGAGGGAGACGGCCACCUGCCGGCAGGAGUGCGAGGCCCUGCUGGCCAAGGUGAACGAGCUGGAGCGGCGACGCGCGGAGGCCGACCGCCUGCUGGCGAGCAACGCGCAGCUGAGCCGGCACGCGCAGGAGCUGGAGUUCCAGAUCAGCGAGAGGGAGCAGGAGCGAGCGCUGCUCACGCAGAGACACGAGGAGGUGAAGGAGAUGAAGGAGGAGGCUGAGAGGAAUCUGCAAAAGAUCAAGGAGACGGAGCAGAAGAACGCGGAGCUGCAGAAGCGAGCGAGCGCGCUGAAGGAGGAGCUCUCGGAGAGGCAGAGGAAGAAGGAGGCCGCCGGACGGGAGAUUGACGGAUGGCUCCGCACGCUGGACGGGAACAUCGCCGAGUUGGUCGAAUUCCGUGACUGCCUCGCCAAAAUCGGGCAGCUGUGAUUCCUUAUUUUGUCUCAUUUCUUAUUAUUUUGUGGUCGCACGCGUCCGAGAUGGUUGAGCGGGGUGGGGGUGGGGGGGAGGAGGGCGACCGCCAGGGAGGAGACGGAGCGAUGAAAUCGGCUCUCGUGCGGGCGCUGGGUGGAUUGUGACACUGCGACAUCGUGCGUGCGAGAUGGUGGCAGCUUUGAGACGCCUUCAGUCGAGCGGUGGAUUGACCACGGUUGAAGAUGGUGUUGAUAAUGAAUGAUUGUAAUUGACAGCUGUUUGUCAAUCAACUGCCGGAUGAAGGCCUCGUGCUGGUCAUGGGGGUUGUUUGACCAUACUUCACCACGCUGGUGAGUGCGGUUUGGUGAAGAGGGGGGAGGGUAUCGCUCAACAGCCAUUGAUGUAUUGAUGUUAGCCGUGCCUGGGAAUCGAACUCAGGUCGCCGAGGUUAAUGGUGCAGUGCAAUAACCACUGCGCCACAAAUACUUACAUAUGUUAACAAACGAAAAAAACCUCACGCACAAACAAGCCUCACACGCACGCAAAAAACUGACACGCACACACAAACCUCACACGCACAAACCUCAGAAACGCACGCACGCACACACAAACCUCACACACACGUUUAAAAGAUGUAAGCUGCGGCACAAGUACAAUUUUGAUAUUCGUGGCAGGUCGUGAUAUUUUAAAAAAAAGUUACGUUGCAAUUGAUACAAUUAACGACAAGGAAAUAAACUGUCUGGCCAACCUUC